GGCUGUGUGACAGGGACACUGGUGGCGUCCCGGAAUCGAACAACGACGCACCAACUUUAAAUUGUCCCCCUUUUUUCUUUUUUUUUUCAUUGAAAAAAAUAUGAGCGCUGCGGAGUUUGACUGCGGUUUGACUGCGGAGCGGACGCGGACGCCGUGCGCGGUGAGGAUGUCCACGGUGGACGCAGCGCGCGCGUGGAGCCGCUCAUAAAAAAGAAGGGGAGAGCAACCAUGGCGCUGCUGGGAUGGACCACCGUGAUGGCGUGGGCGCUGAUGAUGUCGCCGGCGCCGCUGCGAGCCCACGACAACGACACGGAGCCCAUCGUGCUGGAGGGCAAGUGUCUGGUGGUGUGCGACUCCAACCCGGCCGCCGGCUGGAGGGCGUCCGACUCGCCGCUCGGCAUCUCCGUGCGCGCCGCCCACUCCAAGGUGGCCUUCUCGGCCGUGCGCAGCAACAACCACGAACCCUCCGAGAUGAGCAACAAGACCAGGAUCAUCUACUUCGACCAGGUUCUCGUGAACAUCGGAAACUUCUUCACAUUUGAGUCGGUGUUUUUGUCCCCGAGAAAAGGAGUCUACAGUUUUAACUUUCACGUCAUUAAAGUGUACCAGAGUCAGACCAUACAGGUGAACCUGAUGCUGAACGGGAGGCCGGUCAUCUCGGCCUUCGCGGGCGACAAGGACGUGACCCGCGAGGCGGCCACCAACGGAGUCCUGCUCUACCUGGAAAAGGAGGACAAGGUCUACCUGAAGCUGGAGAAGGGCAACCUGGUGGGCGGCUGGCAGUACUCCACCUUCUCCGGCUUUCUCGUCUUUCCGCUGUAAGAAAAAGAAGAAGAAACAAAAAAUGAGAUCGCGAGCCGAUCGAGUCCUCUUUUGUGAUGUUUUCGUCGCUGUAUAGUCAAAACAACGUGGCGGGACAAAACGGACGUUCCCGAAGACGCUUUAUAUCCUGUCAAUCAAACAGAGACGG